UGUUUCCGAACAGAACGCCUAGCGGCAACACGGAACACUUUCAUCAUCCAACCAACAUUUGAGAAUCUUCACCAAUCACCCGUUUCUAAUCCUAAGAUCCACAUCGAAUCUUAAAAUCGACAUUCCACCUAGUACUGUAUAUACUGUAGAUAAAAAUCAGGCUACUACAGUAAUUUCGCCAUGCCUCAAUCACCCUCGAACGAUGACACCAAAUCUCAAAAGCCUAACGGCGAUUCCGCCGGUGCUUCCCGCCCUAAAUCGACGCAGGCAAGGGUAGCUGAGAUUCUCCAGGACUUAAGAGCGGGAGAGAGCCAGGCCGACGCCAUUGAAGCAAAGCUUGACCAGAUAGAGCGUCACCUCGAUGAUAUGAUGGCAGACAUAGAAAGUAACGGGAGGAUUGAGGUACCCGGCCCGAAAGAACAGAAACCCGAGUCUAAGAAAUGAUAUGUUGCGUUUCUCUGCAAUUAUCGAGCCAUAU